AUCUGUCUUUACUCUUUAGUCUUUGCUUAUUGUCGCACGUUGUUGAUGUGUGUAGGUUAAUUUCUUUUAGGUUAAGUUGGUUGUUUCAUGUUUGUUGAGAUUGCAUAUUAUAGAAUAAUAAAUAUAGUGUAGACUGAGAUACAUAUUUCUAAUCAAAGUGUUGUCUUGUGACGUGAUUAAAACAUGGCCAAAAGUUUGAAAAGCAAAUGGAAGCGUAAAAUGAGGGCGAUCAAACGAGAAAGAUAUGGCAAAAAAGAACUUGAUAGGCUGAAAAAAAUGCUUGGACUUAAUACAACAGAUGUGGAGAUGAAAGAAGAAAAAAUAGAAGACAUUGCAAUUGUUCGAGAUGCAAAUGAACUAAAAAACGAAUCCAUCAUCAAUGUAGAAAGUGAAGAAGAAGAAGAAGAAACAAAAGAUGAAAAUAAAGAAGAGUGUGAACCCAUGGAUGAUGGCAGAAGAGUUUACAACAAGAAGACGCUGAAAGACCAACAUGGCAACUACCCAGUUUGGUUGAGUUCUCGUAAAAUUAAGAAAAUAGUAAAAAAAAAUAAUUUGUCUAAAAGAGUACAAAAGAAAAGAGGGAAAAAAUAAAAGUUACGUUUUUAAAUA